GCCACAAAUGCCAUAAAAUGAAUCAAUAAAUUGAUUUUGUUUUAACAUGGGAUCAGAGUGAUGAGUAAAGCAUUGACAUUCUCAUCACUUGAUAAAAAAAAUAACGUCAAAGUGACAACUAACCUCUCCAUUUCAGUGACACAAAAACAACUUUUUUUUUAUUCUUGUAUUGCUUACAUAUUUUCUGGAAAACGGGCACCUCUUCGUUCAGGAUACUUUGAGGUUUUUUCUAAAACUAUUCAUACAUUAAUGGAUAAAAGUUGCCAAUGAUAGAAGAAAAAUCGCAUCUUCCGAAUAGGUCUAAUAUGAGCAAGUCUUGGACUAAAUACUUACUUUGGUUUGCACAGGAACAUGUGGAUUUUCGAUUUGCUGAAAUCAAUUCAUUAAUGUCCUUGUUUAAUAUAGAGAUGAGAUUUGUGAGAAAACCUAAAGAUGAGCCCUACUGGAUUGUAGAAUUCCCUUCAGAAGUUGAAGUGAAGUUGUUGGCAAGCAGAUCAGUAUCACUAAGAAACUGUAUUGAGCUUUGGGCCCAUGCUCCUAAUGUUCAAAAAUUACAUGAGGAGCUCAAACUGUAUCCCAAAAGUCUAAUGCAACCAUAUAUUCAAGCUGAUAAGAGCUUCAAAAUUGAAGUAGAUACAUUUUGCAAGCACUUCUCACAGAAAGAAAAGGUUGAUAAGCUAGAGGCUUUCAGUUAUUUACCAGUAGACGGACCUGUGGAUUUGAAAACUCCUGAUGUUACAUUCCAGUAUAUAGAGUAUUAUGGCAUCAUACCUCAUUGUCCUCCUGAGCAACCAUAUGAAGUCUUUUUUGGAAGAUGGGUAGCUAGUGGUCUGAGACAACUGAUAAAGAAACUAUCUUUGAAGACUCGGAAAUUUAUUGGUAACACCAGCAUGGAUCCUCAGUUGUCUUUGCUAAUGGCAAAUCAGGCAAAAGUAACAGAUGGCAGUUUAGUAUUAGAUCCUUUUGUUGGCUCAGGCUCACUCCUGGUUGCUGCCACUCAGUUUGGUGGAUAUGUGUGGGGUACUGACAUUGACUAUCUUAUGCUACAUGGCAGAACCAGGCCAUCCAGGAUACAUCAGAAGACUAGAGACCGUGAUGAAAGCGUGAGAGCCAACAUGAAGCAAUACAACAUGGAACAUCGAUAUAUGGACGUGCUUGUAAACGAUUUCGCGACGCCGUUUUGGCGCGAAGAUUUCCGAUUUGACGCUGUGAUCACAGACCCGCCUUAUGGCAUCAGGGAGGCUACAGAAAGAGUGGGUACUAAAAAAGAAGGAUAUGAAGUAAAGGCGGAGCAUCUACCUACUCAUAUUCCCGCCAAAAUCGAGUAUGGCAUCAGCAACAUCUACAAGGACUUACUGAGGUUUUCUGCAAGACACUUGAGAGUAGGAGGGAGACUUGUAUGCUGGUUCCCUGUGUUCAGGGAAGAUUAUACAGAGAAUGUCCUUCCACAUCAUCCCUGCUUAGAGUUAGUGUCGAAUAGCGAACAGACUUUGAGUAAAGUGACAUCACGACGGCUUCUAACAUUUGAGAAAACUAGAGAACCAACAGAAGAUGAACUGGAUGAAUACCCAGUUGAUAUCAUGGACUUUCGAGAAAAGUACUUUGUUAUCAGAGAAGAAACUAGAAAAGAGAGAAGAAUGAAAGAAGCUAAGAUUAGGGAAGAUGAUAGGUUAAGGAAUUUGAAUAAACAGAGUUGAUAAAGA